AAUCCGUUGAAUUUGAACCGACAAGCCUUCUAGAUGACAAGAAUAACGCUCUAACUAAAGUCCUUGGUAUCUUCCGUUCUUCACUCACCCAAACUGGGAAACUGGGAAACAAAAAACACCUCAGGCGCCAAGGCAGCAAUGUCUGACAACCCAAACAAAGCAGAAAGAAGAAGCUUCACAGAGGACAAUGCAAGAAGGCGAAGCUGAAGAGAGGAGGAAUUGAAAUGAUAAAGUCAAAUUAUUUGUCACUGUUACUCUUGUUAUCCUUGAUUCACUACCACCAUGUGGCUACUUUUUCCGACGACCCAUUCGUGGGCGUUAACAUCGGCACAGACGUAUCCAACCUCUUGCCCGCACCGGACCUGGUCAACUUCCUCAUGCACCAGAAGAUCACCCACAUCCGCCUCUACGACCCCAACCCCGACAUCCUCCGCGCCCUGUCGGGUACCCACAUCCACGUCACCAUCAGCGUCCCCAACAACCAGCUCCUCGCCAUCGCCUCCUCCAACACCACCGCCACCUCCUGGAUUCGCAGAAACGUCGCCGCCUACCACCCCUCCACCCGCAUCGCCGCCGUCUCCCUCGGCGACGAGGUCCUCUCCUCCCUCCCCUCCGCCGCCCCCCUCCUCCUCCCCGCCCUCCGCUCCCUCCACGCCGCCCUCGUCUAUUCCAAUCUCCAUAACGACGUCUUCGUUUCCACCCCUCACUCCGCCUCCGUCAUCCUCAACCCCUUCCCUCCCUCCCAAGCCUUCUUCAACCAAACCCUAGAAACCUUCAUUCUCCCUCUUCUCCAUUUCCUCUCUCAAACAAAUUCCCCCUUAAUGCUCAACCUCUACCCUUACUACGUCUUCAUGCAGAACAGAAACCUCGUCCCUCUCGAAAACACCCUCUUCAAACCCCUCCCUUUCUCCAAACAAAUGCUCGACCCCAACACUCUUCUUCACUACACCAACCUCCUCGACGCCAUGAUCGACGCUGCUUACUUCUCCAUGAAGAAUCUCAACGUCACUGAUGUAACCGUUCUCGUCACCGAAACCGGUUGGCCUUCUAGAGGGGACUCUAAGGAGCCCUAUGCAACUCCUUCCAACGCGCUGACGUAUAAUUCGAACUUGAUUAAGCACGUUUUGGAUCGGAGUGGCACCCCUCUGCACCCGGAAACUACUUCUAGUGUUUACAUAUACGAGCUUUUUAAUGAAGACUUGAGGUCCCCGCCUGUUUCUGAGGCGAAUUGGGGUUUGUUUUAUGGGAAUGCUACGCCGGCGUAUUUGCUUCGUAUGUCUGGGAUUGGGAGUUUUCUGGCGAGUGAUAAUGCCAAUCAGACUUAUUGUGUUGUGGAGGAGGAUCAUGGGGUGGAUUUGAAGACCUUGCAGGCCGCGUUGGAUUGGGCGUGUGGACCGGGGAGGGCGAAUUGUUCGGAGAUUCAGCCUGGGGAGAGUUGUUUCCAGCCCAAUAAUGUUAAGAAUCAUGCUUCUUAUGCUUUUGAUAGCUAUUACCAGAGUCAGGGGAAGUCUCCUGGGUCUUGUGACUUCAAAGGGGUAGCUAUGAUCACAACCAGUGACCCCAGUCACGGUAAAUGUAUCUUUCCAGGAAGUAAGAAUUUAACCAACAAGACAAAGGAAGUGGUGAACACUACUCAAUCAAGCAAUGCAGGGGAUAAUUUAAGGUUCAGAACCUUUAGAAGCAUGAAAAUAAGUGCAAUCAACAACAUUUUGCACAAUUACUUUGCUGCUUUCACCAUUUUGUUGUUAUUCCUUCUGUGAGGUGAAAAAAAAAAUCUUGUUUAGGUUUUUUGUUUUUUUGGGGGGGACGGGGGUGUGGAUGUGGGAGGAUAUUUAGGAUUAUUUUGUGCUUCCUUUCAAGAAAGUAAAAGGGGGGAGGGGGUCUUGUAAUUGAACGUGUAUCUUGAAAUUAUAUUUGUUAUUUAAUUUGUGUAGUCUAUGAACAUAAUGGAAAUGACUCUUCUCAAUUGAAA